CAACAUUUUCCUGUAAUGGCGGACCAGGCGGAGAGCGAAGUGAUCGGAUUCGGCGACAACAGAAUGGCCCAGCAGGCCGUGCGGUUUCAUGGACCCGGACCGGCGCCCGUGCCCACGGCCCCCGUCUCCACCUCCACCGUGCCGCCCCCCGCCCAGACUCCCGUGUUGCGUGGGCCUCCGCCUCUACUCAGGCCGCCGCCGCCCCCCUUUGGAAUGAUGAGGGGGCCACCGCCGACUCGCCCCCCGUUUCCGCGGCCACCCUUUGACCCCAGCAUGCCCCCCAUCCCGCCGCCGGGAGGCAUGCCACCCCCCAUGGCACCGCCGCACCUGCAGAGACCCCCGUUUCUCCCCCCUCCCAUGGGCAACCUUCCGCCCCCUCCGGGGAUGCUCUUCCCUCCCGGGAUGCCCCCGGUUCCUUCUUCUGGAAGCCCCGCGCUCAACCCGACCGAGGAGAUCUGGGUGGAGAACAAGACACCCGAGGGAAAAGCUUAUUACUACAACGCUCGCACCCGAGAGUCGGCAUGGACCAAACCCGAGGGCGUGAAAGUCAUCCAGCAGUCAGAACUCAACCCUCUACUGGGGACCGGGGCAGGCACCGGCGCGGCCACGGCGAGCACCGGCGUCGGGGCCGCCAGCGCGGCGGGUGCCGCGGCCACCGGCUCCGGCGGCAUCAACACCACAGCCGGCGCCGUCGUCUCAGCCGUCACGGCCCCGUCCAGCGCCCCCGCCCGCACGCUCAGCUCCAGCCCGGAAUGCACCACCACCUUGGCACCCAGCGUCACCAUAGCAGCCAAUCCGGUGGCCGACCCCGCCCCCGCCCCCGCGGCCAGCUCGUCCGCCGCCGUGUCCCCGGUCAGCGUGGUGACGGUGUCUACGGUGCCGUCCCCCGUCACAGCUGUGCAGACAGUCCCGCUGCUGCCCGCCGCCCUGCCUCAUAGCGUGGCCCAGCCCGCCGCCGCCAUCCCCGCCUUCCCGCCCGUCAUGGUGCCGCCCUUCCGGGUGCCCCUGCCGGGCAUGCACAUCCCUCUGCCAGGUGUAGCAAUGAUGCAGAUAGUUGGCGCUCCCUGUGUAAAGGCAGGCCCCGCUGCCAACGGAAUGCUGCCCAGCAUGGGCCCGUCUCUGGUGUCCAUGAUGCACCCUCAGUUGGCGUUGUCGGCGGCGCCCGCCGCCUCCGUGGCCGCCGCGUUGCAGCUCCCCGAGUGGUCCGAGUACAAGACGGUGGACGGCAAGAAUUACUACUACAACAACCGCACUCUUGAGUCCACCUGGGAAAAACCGCAGGCCAUGCUGGACAGAGAAAAGGAAGCGGAGAAGGCCAAGGAGCAUCUGGCGCAGGUGGAAGCCGAGGCCAUGGAGAUGGAGGAGGAGGAGGCCAAACUCCUCAUCAUGAAUAGCAUCAAGCAGGAGCGCAAGGAGGAAGAAAUGAGCGAAGAAGAGAAGGCGGCCCAGAAAGCUCGCCCGGUGGCCACCAACCCCAUCCCGGGCACGCCGUGGUGCGUGGUGUGGACCGGCGACGAGCGCGUCUUCUUCUACAACCCCACCACGCGCCUGUCCAUGUGGGACCGGCCAGACGAGCUGGUGGGCCGCGCCGACGUCGACAAACACAUCCAGGAGCCCCCGCACAAGCGGGGCCUCGACGACGCCAGAAGAACAGGUGACCCGACGCGUUUGGUUUUUCUGUUAUUUGAGUUUGUAACUUUCUUUGUGUGUACAGUUUUCAGCAAGGACGAUAGCGAGCUGGCCCUCACCAUGGACGACGCUCACGAUGAGGAGCCCUCCAAAGCAAAGAAGAGAAAGAAGGAGGAUGUGAGCGAAGCAGACUCAGAGAAGGAAGCAGUGAUGGAAGCAGAGCUGCGGGCGGCCCGGGAGAGAGCCGUGGUCCCCCUGGAGUCCAGGAUAACGCAGUUCAAAGACAUGCUGCUGGAGAGAGGGGUGUCUGCUUUCUCCACGUGGGACAAAGAGCUUCACAAGAUUGUCUUCGACCCUCGAUACCUUCUGCUCAACCCCAAAGAACGCAAGCAGGUGUUCGACCAGUACGUGAAGACCAGAGCGGAGGAGGAGAGGAAGGAGAAAAAGAACAAGCUGAUGCAGACCAAAGACGAAUUCAGGAAGAUGAUGGACGAGGCCAAGCUGACGGCCAGGACCACCUUCAGCGAGUUUGCCAUCAAGCACGGCCGAGACCCUCGCUUCAAGAGCAUCGACAAGAUGAAGGACAGGGAAGCCAUCUUCGUGGAGCACAUGACGGCCCUGAGGAAGCGGGACAAAGAUGACUCCAAGUCCCGAGGGGACAAGGUGAGACAGGACUUCUUCGAGAUGCUGAGCGACCAGCACGUGGAAGCUGGGCAGCGCUGGAGCAAAGUCAAGGAGAGGAUGGAGACGGACCCCCGCUACAAGGCAGUGGAGACCUCCGCCCUCAGGGAGGAGUUCUUCAAGCAGUACCUGGACAAGCUGGCCAAGAGCCUGGACUUGGAGAAGGAGCGAGAGCUGGAGCGUCAGGCGCGCAUCGAGGCCAGCCUGAGGGAGCGCGAGCGGGAGGUCCAGAAGGCCCGAUCGGAACAGACCAAAGAGAUCGACCGCGAGCGAGAGCAGCACAAGCGGGAAGAAGCCAUCCAGCACUUCAAAGCGCUCAUGUCCGACAUGGUGCGCUCGCCGGACGCGACGUGGUCGGACACGCGGCGGAACCUCCGCAAAGACCACCGCUGGGAGUCGGCGUCGCUGUUGGAGCGCGAGGAGAAGGAGAAGCUCUUCAACGACCACGUGGAGGCGCUGGCCAAGAAGAAGAAGGAGCAUUUCAGGCAGCUCCUGGACGAAACCACCAUGAUCACUCUGACCACCACCUGGAAGGAGGUCAAGAAGGUCAUCAAGGAGGACCCUCGAUGCAUUAAAUUCUCCUCCAGUGACAGAAAGCGACAGCGCGAGUUUGAGGACUACAUCAAAGACAAAUACAUCACCGCCAAAGCUGACUUCAGAACCCUCUUGAAGGAGACAAAGUUCAUCACGUACAGGUCCCGGAAGUUGAUCCAGGAGUCGGAGCAGCACCUGAAGGACGUGGAGAAGAUCCUGCAGAACGACAAGCGCUACCUGGUGCUGGAGUGCGUCCCCGAGGAGCGCCGCAAGCUCAUAAUGUUCUACAUCGAGGACCUGGACCGCCGCGGCCCGCCCCCGCCCCCCACCGCCUCCGAGCCCACGCGCCGCUCCACCAAGUGACCCCCGCGGGGCCCACCCCCUGCCCCCCCUCGCCCCGGCGCGCGCCCCUCUUCCCCCGUCGAGGCCGCGCUGUCGCUGGGCGCUCCGGUUGCAAACGGAUGGAAAGCUCCCAACGAAGUUUCCGUGGGAAGUUCGGCCGGCAGUUUUGGGAAGGGACACAAUUCCCAGUUGGAAACUUCCCGUGGGAAUUUAUAGGAUUUACAGGGAACCUCACGGAAAAGAUCGCGUUCAAAUAUUUUGACACAAAAGUGACGGCGAAUAGUCGAUGGCGCCGCAGGACCUCAACGGCUCCUUUGCAGCAAAACUAAAGCUUGCGCCUGAGAGCAAAAACCAAAUCGUUACCGGAAACACGGCUAAUUGGGGCGCGUGGGAGUCACGUGUCGGUCGCUGUACUCAACUUGCAUGAGACCUGCUUGUAGUUUUCAGGAUUGCGGCAAAAUAGAAGUUGCGUGGCUGUUGGAGUUCCCUGUGAUGAGAGAACCUUCCAUCAAUUCCCAUGGAAAGUUUCCAUCUUUUGAAAAUUGAGAGUUUCGCAAGCCGACCGGGGGCUCGUCCACAUAAAGACGGGGGUGCCGGGGACCUUUUGACCCUUCACCUCUGCCACGAGGGAUGACGACGACCACGACGGCGGAGAGGCUUCCUCGGAGUCCGCAGCCGCUGGUGUACGAUAGUUCGUGUAAAUCCUCUUUAGUGCGUUUGUUUGCGUGCGCAUCGGAGGCAAGAUGGAGCCUUGCAGCGCCGCUGCCAUCUGGAAUGUUCCCCAACUUUGUCUCCACGUUCGAAUAAAUGCAACUUCUUGUCUUUUUCAA